AUGGAUCAUCAAAAAUUCAUGUGUAUUAUUGUAUUAUUAUUUCUUACAAUUAAUUUUUCAUUAACAAUUAGUUCUAUUGAAAAUGAUCUACAAAAAAUUUUCAACGAAAAUGACAAUAAUCAGGAUAAAUUUCAAUGGCGUCGUCUAUCGGAAUUAAAUCAACCUUCACCAAAUACUAUGAAUAACAAUAAAAAACGACCACGCCUUCUUAAAUAUGACUUUUUACUUCAUCAAUGGGUUUUACGUAAAAAAUCCUGA